AUGACACUCACUGCCUCUCCCAUCGCAACUCACGCACUUUCCAACGAUUCCUCUCCCCAACGCGGUCGUAAACGCCGUCGAUCGUCCGUUGCUUCUCCACCACCCGCAACAACCAGCACAUCUACUAAUUUCCGCGGCCGAGUCCGACAUCGAUCACCUCAGACUUCUCAUCCAUUUAACUCCUCACUGCUGCCAUUAUCUUCAACUUUCAAGCCCAAAGUAACAAACACUACUACAACAAUGCUUGCAGCCACUGCCCCUCAUACCAAAUACCAAAAGACUCACUCCACAGCAUCACCCACUAAUCCUUCGCCCGCAUCCUCUCUCCUAGUCUAUUCUCCUCGCUCAAAGACUCGAAGAAGUCAGUCUCCCUCCCGCUCUCGUAGCAAAGGUCACUCGGCUGAAACAGAUGUUCCACGACGAAGACACAGGACAAGAAGUAGAAGUCGAGCGCAUAGGAUUGCGAUUGAUGAUAAGGAGGGCAGUAAGGGGAAGAUGAAAGCUGUGUCCGGAGUAGAAAUAAAGUAG